AUGGACGUGGUUGUGUGCAAAAACCACAGAGGACACCAGGAGUUUGCUGUCCAGGUCCAGCACUUGAAACUGUCGGACCUAGGACUGAGACUGAAAGCUCAGGGCUUUCACAACAAUUACCUCUUCAAAGACAACAUCCCAGAAUACCUAAGGCCAGAGUUCCGGGUCUCCCAGCUCAGACACGACACGAAUGAAGGCGGGCUAUUUGGCAUAGCCGUCGAAAGCCAAGGGGGGUUCCGUGCUAGGGGCCGAGAGGGGACAGAGGGUUUGGACCUGCUGUGGUGGAGCUUGUCUUUGGGAGCGGAGGAGAUGUCCUCGGCUGAACAGCGUCUGCUCCAGGCCAGGUACCCUGACAGGACGGAAGAGCAGGCCAGGGAGCAUACAUCCUUCCUGCAAAGGUUCGCCACCUCACCUGCCUUCCUGGACACCUCCCGUCUGGGCUCCUACCGCUUCACCUUCCCCCUGGAGGAGCUGCUCAAGAGAUAUCAGGAAAGGGUACUGAAGUGUUGUUAGUGGAACAGUUACAAUAUCUGUAGAAUUAACAUACAGGACUGCUGGGUAGUACCAAUGGAGGCUGCUGAGGGGAGGAUGGCUCAUAACAAUGGCUGGAACGGAGCAAAUGGAAUGGCAUCAAACACAUUGAAACCAUGUGUUUGACGUAUUUGAUACCAUUUCACCAAUUCCAUUAAGGUACCACCAACCUCCUGUGCUGGGUACAUACAGAGACCAUGUGAGAAUUUGUGGUCAAAUAAUUGAAAGAAACAAGAUCAUGUAAUUUAAUGAUAAUAAAGGUAUUUGUCUUUUUGUUUAGCUAUGUGUUGGACACGAGCAAAUCCUGCGUGUGUAUGAGACAGUGCUGUACAAACAGGAGGUGAUGUACUCAGUGCUAGUCCACAGUCACUUCAACAACGACCUCUUUGAGAAGUACCCUCUCCUCCAGGACAAUGAUGAUGGAGUCUGUGCUUACAGAGGAACAAAACCCUGCACACCCUGUAUCUCUCCAGGACAGGUUUUAAGACAACUACUUCGUUGGCAUAACUUUUAAAGGUACAGUAAUGUUGCCAAAGCAGUGAAUAGCAAGACUUUACAAUCAGUAUUUUGCCAUUUAGCAGACGCUUUUAUCCAAAGCGACUUACAGUCAUUCGUGCAUACAUUUUUGUGUAUGGGUGGUCCCGGGGAUCGAACCCACUACCUUGGCAUUACAAGCGCCGUGCUCUACCAGCUGAGCUACAGAGGACCAUAUGAUGACAAUUGGAAAGUUAAAGUUAAUGUUGUUAUUCUUUCAACAUGCUUUACUGGUUUAAACCCAGCAGGCUAAACUUGUUUGUGCUUUUGUUAGUCAGCAGUAA